AGAAAAUGUAUGUUCCACGAAUCUUUUUUCUGCCGGGAAGAUUUUUUUAAAGUUAACCGUUCAUACAAAAGCAAUUUCUUUACAGCAAGAGUGUUGUAAUCACUAAGCAAUCCCUUUAACUAAUUGUGAAUACCCAACUAAGCCUACCCCAUUCUUUUUCAUCAUGAUCAUAUAAACAAUGCUAAAAGCAGUGUGCUUUGUGGGUUUAAUCAUACCGACGUAAAGACCUUUCAUUCUUCUUUAAUUGUUGCAUGUGGAUUCGGUAGAGUACAUACAACUCAUAGUUUCCAUGUGCAAUUCUAAUUUCCGAUUUUGAUUUGACAGAAUCUUCGAUAGCGUGAUUGUGCGAGGUUUUGACGUUUUCAAAUUGUUGACUCGUUUGUUAAGUGGAGAUCUCAGUUCACUACAAUCUCUUCCAUGACUGUAAGAAGAUUUUGCGAUUCAUGCUGAGCUUUUCUAGAGUUCAAUUAGUCAUUCCUUAUUUACAAUGCCAGUAAGAUAUGAUUUGGGGAAAUUUGAGGAAGAGAAGAGAAGGAUUAGGGUUCGAUCUUUGAAGAAAAAAGCUCUGGUUGCUUCAUCAAGGUUGUCAAACUCCCUCAGAAAACGACGGGUUUCUAAUUGCCAAUUUGCACACGUUUCCAUUGAUGAUGUUCGAGAUGAGGAGGAAGAGAAGGCCGUUAAUGCAUUCCGGCAGGUGUUGAUUGAGAAAGAUUUGCUUCCAUUUUGUCAUGAUGAUUACCACACUUUAUUGAGAUUCUUGAAGGCAAGAAAGUUUGACCUUCAUAAAGCAGUCAACAUGUGGGCAGACAUGCUCAACUGGCGAAAAGAAUAUGGUGCAGACUCCAUCAGACAGGAUUUCAUUUAUGAAGAGUAUGAAGAGGUUCAAGGGUAUUAUCCUCAUGGUUAUCAUGGUGUGGAUAAAGAGGGAAGGCCUGUUUAUAUUGAAAGACUUGGAAAAGUGGAACCCAGUAAGCUUAUGAGUGUGACAACAGUGGAAAGGUUUUUAAGGUAUCAUGUACAAGGCUUUGAGAAAGCUUUUGCUGAGAAAUUUCCAGCAUGUUCUGUUUCAGCAAGAAGACAUAUCGAUUCUUUUACCACAAUAUUGGAUGUUCAUGGCAUGAACUGGAUGAGUUUUGGAAAAGUUGCAAAUGAUUUGGUCAUGCGUAUGCAGAAAAUAGAUGGUGACAACUAUCCUGAGACAUUGCAUCAGAUGUUCAUAGUAAAUGCUGGAAGUGGAUUUAAAUUACUAUGGAAUACAGCAAAAGGGUUUCUUGAUCCAAGAACAACAGCAAAAAUAAACGUUCUUGGUAAUAAAUAUCAGAAUAAGUUGUUGGAAGUUAUAGACUCAAGUCAAUUACCCGAUUUUCUUGGUGGGACAUGUUCAUGUCCAAAUGAAGGUGGAUGUCUUAGGUCAGAUAAAGGACCUUGGCAUGAUUUAGAACUCAUGAAGGUGGUCAACAAUGGAGAUUUGAGGAGAAGUUGUAGCUACUAUGAGGAUGUUGACUUAGAGGUCAAGUCAAUUGUUUCAGAGACACCAAGCAGUAAAUUUUCAGAGGAUUUAGUAUCUAAUUCAGGAUUCGAUAGAUCAACGUCUCUUAGCCACAGGGACUAUAUAAAUAAUCUUGUAUCUAAUAGCCCUAGAUUUGAACGGAUAGUUUCUAGUACUCAGAUCGACAUUGUUCCCUCAACAGAUGAUUUGAUACAAAGAAGAAGCAUUAAAAAUGUGGUUGAUUUCGCUUACAAAGUAGUAGGAUGUAUAUUUUUUCUUGUUGAAUUGGGGAAGUUUUUAGUGGGAUUUAUAACAAAAAAAUGGUGCAAUUGGAAAGAUAAACCCCGAUUUGUGGAUGAUUUGAGUCCUCAAAAGAAGGACUUUUUGCAGCCAUUUGAAGAGAAGUUGAAACAAUUAGAAGAGUUGGUAUUAGUUCUUUCUAGCAAACCUUCUAAAAUUCCUCAAGAGAAAGAUGAAAUUCUUGUUGAAUCUUUGAAUCGUAUAAGGUCAAUGGAGUAUGACUUGCAAAAGACAAAGAAAGCCUUAUUUGCUACGGCUUCAAAACAGAUGGAGCUUGAGGAAUCACUCGAGACUUUACGAGAGGGUGCCAUAACAGCAGCAAACUCAUGUUGGGUAAGACGUCCCAAGUCAACUUUGCGAGUGACAAUUAAAACUCAAGGAUGUGCUCUUGAUGGUCUUCUGAAUGUGUUAAGAGGUGUGGAUGUUUGUUGAUAGAUAGUUUACAUUGUGCAGGGAGUGAUAUAUAUAAUAGCUCCGUAUAGAAAAAUGAAAAAUAAGAAAACAAAAACAAUAGAAACCGGACAAUUUGUUGUAACUUGUGACUGUAACUUGUAGUUUGGCUAUAGAUGUAUCAUGUAUAUUUUUUUUCGUGGUGGUUGUUAAUAUAUGUUAAUGGCUUCAAAUUGUUUGAUUUAUAGUGUAAAGGAUUGGUCGUUAAAGUUCAC